ACUCGAUGCGGCAUCAUCGGAAAUUUGCGUUAUUGAUGGUGAACUUGCUUUAGAGAAUUCAAAAUGGUAUCAUAUGUGUAAAGGUUGCAUCAGAGGACUCAUUAUUGACACUUGAAGCAUAAAUCUCAAAGCUAAAAAGUACUCAAAAGGGGAUCAUGGUUAAAAACAAUGCUUGAAAUGCGUAAAAACUGAACGUUUUCACUUGUAUCAUAAAUGAUAUUUGAGAGAACUCGGUGUCAACACAGUAACACUUGUAUCCCUAUGUUAAAAGUUCCUUAAAGAGCUUCGAACACGGUUCCAUAAUCAUUCAUUUUUUACUCUGAAGAACUGAAUGUUGCAAGUGUUAAUAUGAUGUUAGAUACUGACUAUUUCUCACAUUUCUGAGUCUAACUUUGUUUAACUUCUUGCUGACAAUUAUAAUCCAACUAGUGUAAUGAGCAAUCAACUUGGUUUAUAUAAUAAUAACUCUGACGAAAUGUCAAGUUCCUCUCCUGGUCCUGAACAUUUUGAAAGUACAAAUGAAUCAACUACAGUUGCUUUUGCAAAAAACUUGACAGAAUAUUUACAUAAUCAUGAAUUGCUAGGUCUUGAAGCUUCGGAUAUAAUAAUACUUACACUUUAUUGUUUACUAUCAUUGUUGAUAUGUGGAAGCAAUUUGCCAGUAUUGAUUAGUAUCGUUUUAUUCAAAAAGCUGCGUUCGGCGAAAAAUAUGUUUCUUGUGAGCCUAGCAAUGUCUGAUAUUUGUAUCGGGGCAUUAGACAUACCAUUAUAUGUUAUCAGCCGAUAUAUGUCACCAAUCAUCUUUGAAGGGGUCGUACAAAAUGAAUAUAUAUGUAUCGCAGAGUGCUACUCAAAGGUAUGUCUGCAAGGUGCAUCUCUUUUAAGCAUGGUUGGCAUUGCAAUAGAUCGCUUUAUUGCUGUAACAAAGCCUUUAAGAUACAAAGAAAUUGUAACACGAUCUCGCGCAUUGUGGUUUAUCGCAGUCUGUUGGCUUUAUCUCGUUGGGGUCUCUUCUUUCAUGUUCUACAAACGCGUUGACACUUUUGACGAGUUCAAAGAAAAAUGUGCGAGUCAAGUGUUCAAUCAAUACUACAAGAUCUUUGUGAAUGUGAAUAUCUUUAUUCUCUUUCUGGUCUUCGUGGUUUCACACAUUGUCGUUGCGAUUGUUGCAGUCAAACAUCGCUCCAAACAUAUCCAAGCACUUAGCAAAAUUCAUAACACCCUUGCAGUUGCAUAUGUCAAAGAAAUUCGUUUAGUGAAAACUAUGACCAUAGUAGUUGCACUGUCUGCAAUGUGCUGGUUGCCAUUUGUAAUUGGGUGGAUCUUUCAUGAUAAAUCAGAACUAGACCUUUUUAAUAAGUUUUUUAGGUUGCUAUUGUGUUCUAAUAGUGCGAUGAAUCCAUGGAUUUAUGCUUUUAGGAUCAAAGAACUAAAUGCAGGAAUGAGGCGCGUUGUCUUGUGUAGGUUCAAGGCACAUCAAACAUUAAAUGUAAGUCCACUACAAUGAGUAAACACAUUCUAGAAUGUAUAUUUUU